GUUCUGGGAAUCGCGUUGGUGGAUUUCAAUCAUCUGGUCGGCCCACGGAUUGAGUACUCGCGAGGGGAGAUUUUCGAUGAUGAAGAGGUGGCGAAGAUCUUGCCGUUCCUUGCUUUGCCCGAUGGGGCUCAUAUGAGCACGGAGGACUACUCCUACUUCCACCUCGUCCAGCCCGGUCCAAGCCCCACAACUAUAUUCGGAAUCUCAUGUAACCAGCAAAUAGCUGCUAGCAGUCUUCUUGUCAAAGGCCCGGACGUUACGCGGUCGACAGUACAAAAAGCUGUAGUUGUUCUAGCUUCGAAACCUGUUUUUGGACCCAUACGGGAAAAACUCCGAGUAGUGACUACCGCGCUUUUCGAACAGAGAGAUUUCACAGACGCGAGUAUUCUUGAUGAUUUUGGAUCUUCUUUGGAGGUGUCUCUUCGGGGACAUAACAUUCCACGUGUAGGAACGAGUCUCCGCGAGCUGGUGCAUACGUUCCGCCAACGAACCCUCGUCCUAGUAAAAGCACUCAUGCUGCAAAAAAGGAUUAUGUUUUACGGAUACCCCGUAGAGCGGCUAUGCACCUACCAAUACUCCCUCGUCUCGCUCCUCCCGGGGCUGCUCCAAACACUAGACGACUCUGGCUCGCCCCCACUCGCCUCUCGUGCGCCUACGCUGUCCAAACCAUCGUCGUUACGGACGUCGGAUCGGAAGAGUAUGAUGGCGUUUAUGGGGCUUCCUUUAGAUAUUUUUGGGAAGGACGCGUUCUUCCAGCCUUAUCUCCCGUUGCAACAGCUUGAUAUGAUCAAGCAAACCCCCAGCUGGCUGUGUGGGUGUACGAAUUCUAUUGUGACGCAUCAGAAGGAGAUUGAUUUGUUGGUUAAUACAGAAACAGGCGUCUUCGAAUUCCGAGAUCCAAAGCUGGAAAGGUCGGCAGGGCUGACGGCGGCUGAUAGGAAGUGGAUGGAUGAUAUUGUGACGGAUGUGAAUGAGGGGUGGAGUGAGGAGGGUGCGAGGUUCAAAGGCAGUGAUGAUUAUCUCCGGACGAAGUUCGAGGAAUACAUCGCUGCUGCGCUUGCUACCGUGAAAUACCGUGAUUUUGUGGCCAAGGGCGAGGGAGGUGGGAUGCUGAUUGGAUGGAUUACAGGGGGAGACCCAAAUUCGAUGGAUGAUUUUAACCCGCUUUGGAUAUCCGAGUUUAAGACUACGAAUGCGUAUGAUGUUUGGGAGCGGACGACGGAUUCGCUUUUGUUUGAUAUUGUUGAGCCUAGACAUCCAUGCAACGAAAAACCAUCCGUA